AUGGACAUCCCGCCCCUGGCGGGCAAGAUCGCACUUCUGUCGCUGGGCGCCCUCCCGUUGUCCUUCGCGCUCAACUACGUCUCGGUGCUUUCGUACCCCCUGGGGGUGGUGUUGAUGAGCACCCUGAUCCUGGGUCUGCUCUCCUUGGCAAUAUACAGCUUGUCCCGAAGUGACGUCUAUUAUGACCCACUGUAUGCUGUCUUCGCGGUCUUCGCCUUCACAUCCGUGGUGGACCUCCUUAUUGCUCUCCAGGAAGACGGCUACAUGGCGGGUUUCAUGGCGUUCUACACCAAGGAGGGUGAGCCGUACCUGCGCACGGCACACGGAGUUUUCAUCUGCUACUGGGAUGGCAUCGUUCACUACCUCCUCUACCUGGCCAUGACUGGUGCCAUCCGUAAAAGGAAGAAUUACCGGAACCUUGGACUCUACUGGCUGGGAUCCUUCAUCAUGAGCAUCCUAGUGUUCCUCCCAGGAAACAUCCUUGGCAAAUACAGCUCAGAGAUCAGGCCUACAUUUUUCCUCACCAUUCCCUUCUUGCUGGUCCCCUGCUGGGCUGGCUUGAGGGUCUUCAACCAGACCCAGGUGCCAACCUGCUGCACUCUCAACAUGGUGGAGGAGGACCAAAGAAAGGGCCUUCUGCGGCGCCCAGUUGACCUGGCCCUCAUCAUCUACCUCAUCUUUGCUGCAUUCUUCACCCUCUUUCGGGGCCUGGUGGUACUGGACUGCCCCACGGACGCCUGCUUUGUCUACAUCUAUCAGUAUGAACCAUACCUGAGAGACCCCGUGACUUAUCCAAAGGUGCAGAUGCUGGUGAAUAUGUUUUAUGUGCUGCCUUUCUAUGGCCUGGCCAUCUAUGCCCUCAUCUUUCCUGGAUGCUCCUGGCUGCCUGACUGGGCCUUGGUAUUUGCUGGAGCCAUUGGCCAGGCACAGUUCUCACACAUGGGGGCCUCCAUGCACCUGCGCACGCCCUUCACCUACCGUGUGCCUGAGGAUGCCUGGGCCAGCUUCUUCGUGUGUAACCUACUGUAUGCGCUGGGCCCCCACUUGCUGGCCUUCCGCUGCCUGUGGCGCCCUGCCUUCUUCCUACGCCCACCUCCUGGGACCCCAGCCCCCCAUGAGAAGCAGCACUGA